CGCGCCGGGUGCGCCGUCGCCAUGGUAACCACGCAAUCCUGGGGCCUCGGGAACGGUAUUUUUGGAGUUAAUGGAGUCAGAAGUACCCCCAGAGUCAGAGAGUUCAGAAAAAUUAAUAUUUUCCUCACCACAAGAAGAAGAGGAAGAAGAUGAUAGUGAAGAAGAAGAAGAAUCCAAAGAAGCAGAGGAAACUGCCACCAUUAACCCACUCUUACCACCUGCCCUCACAGGGGAUGUAGAAGGUUUGCAAAAGAUUUUUGAGGAUCCUGAGAACUCUCACCAUGAGCAGGCCAUGCAGCUACUCUUGGAGGAAGACAUCGUUGGGAGAAAUUUGUUGUAUGCAGCUUGCAUGGCUGGGCAAAGUGAUGUGAUUAGAGCUUUGGCCAAAUAUGGUGUGAAUCUGAAUGAGAAAACCACCAGAGGUUACACACUCUUACACUGUGCUGCAGCCUGGGGUCGAUUGGAAACUUUGAAAGCACUGGUGGAACUGGAUGUUGAUAUAGAGGCUCUGAACUUCCGGAAGGAGAGAGCUCGAGAUGUUGCUGUUCGAUAUUCCCAGACUGAGUGUGUUGAGUUCCUGGAUUGGGCAGAAGCAAGGCUGGCACUGAAAAAAUAUAUUGCAAAGGUCUCUGCAACUGUUACAGAUUCAGAAAAGGGACCAGGGAAGCUUUAUAAGGAAGACAAGAAUAUCCUCCUCAAUGCAUGCCGUGUAAAAAAUGAAUGGUUGGAAACCCAUUUGGAAGCUUCCAUUAAUGAGCUCUUUGAGCAGAAACAGCAAUUGGAAGAUAUUGUGACUCCUAUCUUCACGAAAAUGGCUACACCACGUCAAGUGAAAAGUGCCAAAUCUGUAUAGUAAGCCACGGUCAGAAAAGAAGUCAAGAUCAUACCUUCUGUUGAGUAUGUGUUUUAAUAACAGGCCACAUCGUCUUCUAUGUCUAUAAAGGCAAACCUAUCUGUGCUCACUGAAGUUAAGAAAAUAGAUGUGGGGUUUUAGAAAAAUGUUUAAAUAUGAAAUUAAAUCAUGCUUGUUUUGUUUUAUCCCAUUCAGCAUGCUUAUGUCCAGACUUUCUGGCCUUGCCUCUGCCCUUGCAAGUCAGUCUAAUGUGAGUUCCAGAGAAAACUUGAGUAUGAGUCACUCACAAAGACCAGAUGGGAGUUAUAAAAGUUGCUUAGAGAAUCUGACAGUUUUCUGUGUAAUUAAGGCAGGGAGUUUCUCUUUAACUGAGGGAUUUUUUUUUUUUUUAAAGACACAUUGACCAUUUCCGAAGGAAAUAUGUGUUCUCCCUUCCUCAAAAGGAAAGCUAUGGGAAGACAUUCUGGAGCCAGGAUGUGUUAAGGAUGGUUCAGAUGAGAGUCCUCUGCUUAUACAAAUAUUACUUUCUUACCUCCAUAAUAAAAUUCACCUUUAAGGUGGGAUGUGGUCUCCUUGUGGGCUUCCCAGGUGGUACUAGUGGUAAAGAACCCACCUGCCAAUGCAGGAGAUGGUAAGAGGUGUGGGUUCGACCCCUGGGUCAGGAAGAUCUCCUGGAGGAGGACAUAGCUACCCACUCCAGUAUUCUUGCCUGGGGAAUCCCAUGGACAGGCAACAGUUCACAGGGUCACAUAGAGUCAGACACAACUGAAGUGACUAAGCACGCAUGCAUACACGUGAUCUCUUAGUAAAUCUUCUUGUUUCUUUAACCGCCUCUGUCUUUAAAUUGAUAAACAGAUCUGUUUAGCUUUAUAUUUAGAUUUCGCCUAAUCUGUAGGUUUGGCAAUCAGUUCAGUUCAGUUCAGUUCAGUUGCUCAGUCGUGCCUGACUCUUUGCGACCCCAUGGACUGCAGCAUGCCAGGCUUCCCCGUGCAUCACCAACUCCCAGAGCUUGCUCAGACUCAUGUCCAUUGAGUCGGUGAUGCCAUCCAACCAUCUCAUCCUCUGUUGUCCCCUAACUGUAUUACAUGUCAUUUUCCUUCUGUUUUAUAUUACUUAGGUUUUAAAUAUAAUUGUUGGUUUCAUAUUAGUGAUUUGAAAUGUCAUUUUUCUAGUUUGUCUAAGAGCCCCUGAACCUUCUGCUACUCUGUGUCUUUCUGGAAAAGUUCUAUAGGAAGAAAAUUAUUCUCUUCUUUGUCUCAUCCUAAAAGCUAGUUUUUCAUUGUUGAAGGGAAGGAAAAGAAAUGAGCAGUUCAGUAAUUCCUUGUCAAUUAACAUUUUCUCAGGAACAAUUUUGAGAUAACACUGUAUCACAAAUGUAAAAGUUUUGAGAUUUUUUUUUUUAAUGUAUGAGCUAUUCAGGUUUAGUUGCCUGGAGCAGAAGAGCAUUGCCUCUCAGCCCCCUGAUUGAUAGAUCUAGUGGGUAUUUAUGGAGUAGUGCAAAAAAGGAGACCAGUGUUUGUUCCAUUCUCUUAAUAUUAGAUUGUCCCCCUUUAAGCACAGCGAUAAUUUAGGCAAAGGUCAGAUGCCAUUUUUGUCCUUUCUGCUCUGAUUCUACAUUUUUUGAGCCUUGAUCGUGAAUAUGACACCACUUUCCAGGCAUGUAGUUCUAGUGAUGAGGAAAGGAUUUCUGAAUCUCACUUCAAAAAUUCCUAGAUAAAACUGAGUAGAAAAUAAACUCUCUCCUUUAUCUUUAUAUCUUGUUCUUGAAAUUCACACUGGCACCUUUAUGUCAUUACGGUUCCUUUACUUUCUUAUAGACUCCUUUUCUCUUUUCAGCAGCUGCUAUGAAUAUGUUUGUGUCUCCCCUCCAGAUUACUAUUUUGAAACUUGAUGCCCUCUGUGAGAGUAUUAGGAGGUGAAGCCUUGGCAGGUGAUAAGGUCAGUGAGGCUGCUGAUCAGGCCCUUUAUAUAAGAGUCCCUAGAUGGCUCCCUUGCUCCUUGCACCAUGUGAGGUUACAGCAGGAAGAUAUCCAUCUAGAAAGCAGACUCAAGAGAGUCUGCUGGUGUCAUGAACUUGGCCUUCCCAGCCUCCAGAAAUAUGAGAAGUAAAUGUUUGUUGUUUAUAAGUUACAACAAACCGUAUGAUGGGUUUGUUACAGCAGCCUGAAUGGGCUGAGACACCAGCUCCUCUUCUUCAUCCUGCUUCAAGAUAGGGGAACUUUUCGAAAGACAAUGCUAUGUUUCAAUUUUACUUGUCAAUUGUACCUCAAUAAAGCUGAAAAAAGUCAAUCCCAACCCUUGGGAAAGCAAUCUGUAAUUCUCUACUCCAUGAUCUCUAUCCUUAAUGUUAGUAAGAACUAAUCCCUUGGGGCACCCAUAACAUUAAUAGCUCUGUACUAUAUUCUAUGUAAUUGUUCACAUAUGAACUAUAAGCUUUUUUUUUUAAGCAUAUUUAAUUGUUUAUUUGGCUGUAUCAGGUUUUAGUUGCAGCGUGCGGAAUCUUUUGUUGUGGUACAUGGACUCUCUAGUUGUGCAUAGACUCAAUAGUUAUGGCACUCAAGCUUAGUUGCUCUGAGGCCUGUGGGGUCUUAGUUUCCUCACCAGGGGUUGGACCAGUGUUUCUGCAUCGCAAGGAGGAUUCUUAACCACUGGACCACCAGGGAAGUCCCAACUGUGAACUUUUUCAAGGUAGGGACUUUGUCUUGUUUUUCUUCAUUCCCAAAGAACCUGUAACGUGGUAAGUUAGUGAAUAAUAGUUUUGGCACCACCUUAUUUAUAGAAUUCACUAGUCUCCAUUUAUUUAUAGAGCUUGUUCACCUUUAUAGAAAUGACUCCUGAAUCCUGUCUCCAUAUUUUGCUGUACCAAUGCCCCAUGUCAACUUCUGCUCCUCCAGAAGACAAGCCACACAUACAUCCAGAAUUACGAUUGUGUAUUUAGUUUGUUCUAUAUUUCUAAGCUUUCUUCUUGAGUCCCCAAUUACUUUUUAGUCAUGUGAUCCUGGUAAUUAUCAAGGAAUUCCUGAAUCUCAUUUUAAGCAUUUCACUAAUGUGAGGGUCUGAAUAUAUGUUUAUAUCUAUAGAUCUGUAACUUUAGUAAGUUUUGAGAGACAUGGUGUAUCUUGUGACCUAAUGUUACAUUGAAUUAUAGAUAUAUUUACAGGAGUGUCAAAGGUCCUGAUACUUUUUGAAUUCUGUCUGAAUCCUGUUUGAGCUGUUAUUCAGGUAGCUGCAUGACUUUGAGCUGUACUCAGGUAGCUGCAUGACUUUGAGUUGUUACUCAGGUAGCUGCAUGACUUUGAACACCCACAGAGACAUUAAUUACUAUUUCAAAGUACAUACUAGUAAAGUAAAUUAAAUCACAUUAUUUAAGAGGUAGUGAAGCAAAAGGUACAUAAGAGUGUUCUGAUUACUUUUAGAUGGUGGUUCCUUAGGCUUUUGUGUUUUUUCAUUGAUUGGAAAACUGUAAAAAAAAAAAGAGGAGGGGGAGGUGAUUGGUAUGAUAUCAUUAAGAAAACAGCUAAUGUCUGUUAUGACUAUCAUUUAAUAAAAGAAAAGAAAUAUUAAUGCCAGAAAAAAACAGGAAGAUAUGACCUCAGUAUAAGGCUCUACUCUUUAAAGUUGAAUAAAUUAACUUUUAGUAUAGACUUCUAUGUUUUUCAUUUUUCCAUGUAUGAGGGAAUUCAUAUAAUGAAUUACAACCAGCAUAUGGUCUAGCCUUUGAGAUAUGUUGCUCUAGACUAAGCUAAAGCAGUCGGGCUGCUACUUAGGUUACCAUAAUUGUGAAAGGCUGACAGUCCAUCCCAAUGUUUCAUCUAAUUUGUGAUAGAUUGCAUUUUCUAAGAUGUCCGCAUCUCUCAUCCCACCUGCUCUUCUACAAUGUGAUCGUGACAUUCCUCACAUAGAGAGGUGGGUCUCUGUUCUCUCAUCAUGAACCUGGGCAGGCCUGUGAUUACACUAGAAGUAAAACUAUGUGACUUUCAUAGAUCAUAAAAGAUAAAGAUGAUACAGUUUCUACCUAAUUUUCUUGAGAUGCUGGCUCUUGGAAACCAACCUGUGGAGAGACCUAUAUGGACAGGCACUGAGGCCCAGCUCGUAGCCCUGGCUGAGCUCCAGCCAGCAGUCAUCAGUGAUGUGGGUGAAUCAUCUUGGAAGCAGAUCCUCCAGUUGAACCAUCACAGCUGGUGCUGUAUGGAGCAGAGAUAAGCCUCUGUUGAGCCAUGCCAAAACUGUAGAUUUCAGCCAAAUAAAUAAUUGUUGUUUUAAACUA